GGAGCGUAUGUGGAUUGACUGCUGCCGCGAGUUAAACCGAUGGAAUUCGCUUCAUGAGGUUUCACAAGCAGCAGCAAGGAGGUCUCGGCUGUCUCUGCAGUGUGCAGCAAAACUGCAGCACUGGGGAGAGAUAGACAGACUGCUGCAGCUGCACCACAUCACUGAACCCGCUACUAAACUUUGCCAGACCUACCAAUCGCUGCACGAAGUCUUAUACCCUAAAGGGCAGCUGGAAACGGAUGCUCGGCCUUGGGUUCGAACGGAGAAGCUGCAGGAGAUCGACAUGCACUGCGCUGAAGUCCAGCGGCUGCUGCUGCAGUCUUGGAGAAGCCUCCCCCUCAUCCCGACUGAAGCGCACGUGCCGCUGCUGCUGCAGUUCCAGCUGUACGUGGAGCUGCUCGAGGGAUAUAAACUCAUAUUGCACCUGGCAAAGAAAAUGAGCAGCCCAGGGGAAGUGCCACUGGUGCGAACGACUUUAAAUGCAUGGAGGGAUCGACUGCCGAACGACUGCGACGCAAUCAGCUGCUGGAACGACCUUUUCGUUUGGCGGAACUUUGUAUUUAGCAUUGUUCAAUCUGCGGUGUCUGCAUCGCCACAUUUAUCUCGCGAAGAAAAACGGUUUCUUCCUCCGUUUUUACAAGACCUUCCUUGGACAAUGUUGCGUUUUGCUGCAAUAACGCGCAGCGCUCAUGAGUUGAGAGAUAUAUCUCUCGCCUUAUUGAUUAAGCUGCAGCAUCUCCCAGCCUUUAAUCAGCCUGCAUAUGCACAAGAGCACCUCCAGGCGCUUGUGGAGAAGGCAAAACUGUGCCUGGACGAACCCUCACACUGGGUUGCUGGUGUGCAGCUGCUGAAUUCGCUAGACAUGGAGGCUCUCUCUGAAGGCCCCCAUUGGCAGCAGCCGCAGCUGCAGCAGCAAAGUCUGCAGCUGCUGCUGCUUAAAGCAAAACUGCUGCAUCGUUUGCAUGCAUCUAAUGAGCCAGAGCAGCACCCGGGGUUGUCUAGAGAAGAGUUAGCGAAGGAAGCGGAGUCGGUGCUGCGUACAGUUUUGCUGCUGCAGCCGCUGUAUGGGCCUGCUUGGCUUUGCUGGGCUAAGCUGCACGAUACGCUGUUCUUAGCUGCCUUGAAGCAGCGACAUCAGCAACAGCAGCAGCAGCAGCAGCAACAGCAGCAGCAGCAACAGCAGCAGCACAGCCUAAACCAUCAGCAAAACAUGCACCCGCAACCCAUGCAACAGGAUCCACCCAUCGCAGAUGCAGCCAGCACCAGCAGCAGCAACAAUAGCAGCAGCAACAGCAGCAGCAGCAACAGCAGCAGCAGCAAGAUUGAUAGCGCCUCUGCAGAAGACAAUGCAGCAGACUGGGCGGCGCUGCAGCUCCACCUCGCAGCAGCAGUAACCGGAUAUGUGAUGGAUAUACAGCUCAGGCCUGCUAAGAGCUCUCUGUACAUGUCCCGCGUUCUGUGGCUGUUGUCUUACGAUGGAGACACUCGCCCGCCUUGUCCUUCAACGGCAGCGGCAGCAGCAGCAGCAGCUGCUGCUGCUGCUGCUACAACAGCUCCUGUUGAUG